AUGGAGAAAGUAGAAUAUAAAAUUGAACCAGAGAAAAAGGAGGCAACUAUAGAUGCUUCUAAUUGGCCAUUAUUGUUAAAAAAUUAUGAUAAGCUAAAUAUUCGUAGCUCACAUUUUACCCCACUACCUAUGGGUAAUUCCCCUUAUUCAAGGAAUUUGAAGGAAUAUUUAAAAUAUGGGAUUAUAAACUUAGAUAAGCCAAGUAAUCCCUCUUCCCACGAAGUCGUUUCCUGGAUAAGAAAAAUUUUAAGAUGCGAAAAAACAGGGCAUAGUGGAACAUUAGAUCCAAAAGUUACAGGGGUAUUGCUAGUUUGUUUAAAUAGGGCAACUAGAUUAGUAAAAUCACAACAAGAAUCUGGAAAAGAAUAUGUUUGUGUAUGUAAAUUUCAUUCAAAGCCUAAAAGUAUAGAAGAAGUAAAAUUAGUUUUAAAUAAUUUCCAAGGAGCAAUAUUUCAAAGACCCCCAUUAAUAUGUGCAGUUAAAAGACAAUUAAGAGUUAGAACAAUUUACGAAUCAAAAUUAUUAGAUUACGAUUAUACAAAUAAUGUAUGUGUAUUUUGGGUUCGAUGUCAAGCAGGAACUUAUAUAAGAACAUUAUGUGAGCAUAUUGGUUUAUUAUUAGGAGUUGGUGCACAUAUGCAAGAAUUAAGAAGAGUAAAAUCUGGGAAUAUGACAGAAUAUGAUAAUAUGUGUACAUUACAUGAUAUUAUGGAUGCUCAAUAUAUUUAUGAUACAACAGGUGAUGAAACAUAUUUAAGAAAAAUUAUAACUCCUUUAGAAAAAUUAUUAAUAAAUUUUCCACGUAUAGUAAUAAAAGAUAGUGCCGUUAAUGCAAUAUGCUAUGGAGCUAAGUUAACUAUACCGGGAGUCUUAAGAUUUGAUAAUAAUAUUGAUGUGUAUUCAGAAAUUGUUUUGAUGACAACAAAAGGUGAAGCUGUUGCGCUAGCUAUUGCACAAAUGACAUCUACAGUUAUUGCAACGGUUGAUCAUGGUAUUGUUGCAUUAACUAAACGUGUUAUAAUGGAUAGAGAUACUUAUGAUGUUAAAUGGGGAUUUGGAAAUCGAUCGAUGGAAAAGAAAAAAUUAAUACUUGCUGGGCUUUUAGAUAAAUAUGGAAAACCAAAUGAAAAAACUCCAAUUAGUUGGAUUAAAAGCGAAGGAUACGCUCCCAAAAUUGUUGGUAAUACAACUAGCUAUGUGUUAACAACAGAUGAUAAUUCAAAAAAUUUGGAAUCUAAUAUGGAUGGUGAUAAUAAUAAUUCUGAAAAUGAUGAUUCGGAAGUUGUCAAAAAAAAGAGGAAAGUAAAUUAA